AUGCCUUUGUUUCCCAUGAACACGGGCUCUUACAUGCCAUCCAACAACCACAACAAGCGGGCAGAAAACCAGCCUCAGCAGACCUCGCAACUCCACCCCCCUCCCUCGGUUCAGAUCAAAAACCGCCGCAAAAGAUAUCUCGAUACGCAUCCUGAUUACUUCUCUUCAGCUUUGGAACUAGCCGACCCUCUCCUCUACGACCGCCUCAUCAGACGAUUCCAGACUGCGACCGAGAGAGAGGAGGAAGGGCGUGCUAAGGGAUACUCCGGCGUCCUCGAAGCCGAUCUGAUGCGAUCAGAAGCUAAGAUGGAAGCGCUGGCGCAUCCUGACCCGAAUGCGACCAUAACAUAUGCCCGCGGGCCCAACGGUGAGAUUCUAGCGGAGGACCAAGAUGAGAUCCCAGAAAACAAAGAAGAGGGCGCGGAACGCUGGCGCUGGGAGAUGGAGCUACGAUUUUUGAGGGGUGCAGACCACGAGUUUGAUUACAGCGUCGUUGAUGAGAAUGAGGAAUAUGACGACUGGAACGAGGCGCAGGAGCGCUAUUUCGAUGAAGAGGAACCGGAAUUCAUCCUUGAAAAGGAUGAAGAAGGGGAUCGAAAGGAGGAGUUGAAGGGUGAAACGGGCAUUCAAGAUUUUUAA